AUGGAUUCAUCAAAUAGCCAUUUCCAGGCUCGCUCUGUCAGCUUACCCUCUCGAUCUCAUCUAUUCGUCCCUCAGUUUGAUGAGCAUUUAUGUAGAGUUAGAUCUUCUGAAGCUACCUCUUCCUCAUCAUCAUCAUCAAUAAGAAAAAGGCUAAGUGGCCUUGAAGAUUUGUACGAGUCCAAAUGGGUUGAUGAGGCUUUGGAUGGAUUUCUCAGGCUCUUGGAUGUCUUUGGCACUGUUAGAGAUGUCCUGUCGCAGACAAAGGAGAAUGUACCAGAACUUCUUUCAGUCCUGCGCAGAAGAAGAGACGCCAAUCGCUUUGGAGGAUGCUUGGCCAAUAGAAAGAAGGUGAUCCAAAAGUCACUAAAGGACUUGAAGAGUAUAAAAAAUAAACAUGCUUCCCUAGUAGCCAUGGACAAAGACCAUGUGGCCACUGUUAGCAUGUUAAAAGAGGUUGAAGCAGUCACUGUUGUGGUGCUUGAGUCCUUGUUGUCCUAUAUUAUGGGGACAAAGGUGGAAUCAAGGUCGAGAAGCUGGUUCUUAGUGUCCAAACUGAUGCAGCAGAAAAGAAUAGCAUGUGAAGACGAAGAAACAGAUGCAAAUAUGUUUGAGAAGGUUGAUGCUGCUUUGCAUUCUCUCAUGGCUCACAAGACAAGAAAAUCUAUUCACUUUGAGAACAUGAAUAUCCAACUUGGGAAGUUGGAGUCGAGCAUUCAAGAUCUUGAAGAAGGAAUUGAGUCCUUGUUCAGGCAUUUAAUCAAAACUAGAGUUUCCCUCCUCAACAUUCUCAACCACUAGCCAAGAGAAUAUGAUAUAGUGGGAUCCAAAGUUUCUCCUCUGAAAAAGGCCUGCUGAGUAGCUAGCUGUUCAUAUUUUUACAUCAAAAUCAAUAUACUUGUAUAUAUUGUCCUUUUUAAAAAAAAUUAUAAAUCAAUAUACCUGUCCAAAAUUUUCAGUGCUACA